UCAGCUGUCAAGUCAACACAUCACAUCAACGUCACAUGUCACAUCACAUCAACAGCAUGGCAUGGCGUAAGGCGUGAUCAUGAUUCAUGGCGUGAUGGAUUGUACUAAUUGUGGUGUAAAGACUGUAAAGAAAGCAAUGAACAUAAUUCCAAGCGCCCUCAUUAAUUUCACAUACAAAGAAUGCUUUUUUGACAUGUAAACGGUUGAAAUGAACAAACUAGGGCCCAAUUAAGAUGACUAAAGUUUCCAUAAUAAUUCCAGUACAUAACGGCGAACAGUGGGUAAAUAACUGUCUGAAGUCCAUAGCAAAUCAAUCUAUACUUAAUUCAGGCAUCGACAUCGAAAUCGUUGUAUAUAAUGACGGAAGCAAUGAUGAAACAGAGAAUUUGCUCAAAGAAUGGCAGCGCUACUUCAUAGAAUAUGGAAUCGAGUUUAUUUUAACCGGAUCUGCGACUUCGAGAGGCGUCGGUGCCGCUAAAAAUGGGGCAGUGUUUAUGAGCACAGGAGAGUUCCUCUGUUUUCAAGAUAUUGAUGAUGUAAUGCACCCAGAUAGGAUACAUCUCCAGCUACUUGCUGCAGAAAGUAAUCACAAUGCAAUCGUUGGCAGUAAUAUUUCUCGAAUACCGCACAACUCUACUCCGCGUCUGGUUUGCUGGGCAAAUAAUCUCAGUGACAGACAACUUAAAUUACAAAUCUACACCGCCAAUGGGCCUACCUUGUUAAUGCCUACUUGGUUUUGCCACAGAUCAGUAUAUGAAAGAGUGGGUAGUUUUGAUGAAAGUGGCAAAGGCACUCCGGAAGAUUUAAAAUUCUUUUAUUCACAUCUGGACCUAGGAGGAGACUUGAUUAAAGUCAACAAGGAAUUACUUAUUUAUACCUACCAUGAAGGUGCGGCAACAUUUUCAGUUAAAAGAGAAAUGAUUUGGCAAAUCCAGUUAGAGCGACUACAAAAGCUUGUUUUACCUAAUUGGGAGACAUUCACUAUUUGGAAUGCUGGUAAAGCUGGCAGAAGAUUGGUUCGAGCAUUGGAUCCAGAGCAUUUGAAGAAAGUAGUAGCCUUUUGUGAUGUUGAUAAGAAGAAAAUUGGGACUACAGUAGAAUUAUACUGCUCUGUUAAAAAGGCAGUGCUUAUAAGUCUACCAGUCAUUCAUUUUUCUGCAGCUAAACCACCCUUGCUCAUUUGUGUGAAGCUAGAUAUGACUAAUGGUAUUUUUGAACAGAAUCUCCAAUCAAUGAAUCUCAGUGAAGGAUUAGACUAUAUCCUAUUUAACUAAAAAUUACUAAUUUUACACUGAUCUAUGAAUAUUUUAUGUUGAUAAUAAUAUGUCCAAUUGUCCAUGGUGCCAUAAAAAUGUAUAGCUAAGAAAAUAUGGUUACAUAUUAUACAUAUGUACGAGUUUUUAUAUUAAUUUAUAUUAAUAUAUUAAUUUAGAAAUAAAUAAAUAAAAAAGUUUUUAAA